UGAUUGUUGUGAAGAUGGCGGAGGGGGAGACAGAGAAGGAAUAUGACACACGGAAAGCUCUCGAGGAGCUCCGAGAGCGGUUCCAGGGUCUGACCACAGCUUUGAAAGAGAGCUCGCAGUCUCCGUUGGAAGCCUCUCUGCGUUUCUGCCAGGAGUUUUGCCAGGUCCUUGUGGAAAAUGCUGGCCGUUGGAAAACCGAUGAGGAUCCACUGCCUUUACUGGAGGUCUACACUGUGGCCAUCCUCAGCUUUGCUAAGGCUAAUUCCUGUCUCUACUCCGAAUGUGAAAACGUGCCACUCCUACUUGAAAAGUUAGCACUGAGCUGUGCGGAGCUGUUGCUCUUAAUGCCCCAGCAUGUCCCUGGUGCCUUAUGGGAGGGGUUUCAGUCCUCCAUGAAGUUGGCACACAGCCUCUUGCAAGAAAGUGGGAGCACACAGCUUUGCCUCCUCUCAAUUCUAGCGCAACAGGACGGCGUCUGGUCCAACGACACACUAAGCAGCAUCAUGUCCAAUCAAAUCCCUCAAACUGAGCAAGUUCAUGAGUAUCUUGAGUUGGAAGGUGCCACGCUUCUGAAUAUGAGAAUAAAGCAUCUAAUCAAAGUGGACAGUGUUGAUAAAGCUGCUGUACUCGCAAAAAUGUGCUCAGAGUAUCCGGGAUAUGAAGGAAAGGGAAACUUCAAGCAAACCUACUUGCUUUGCAUCUGCAUGACCAAAAGUCAGGAGCAGCUAAUGGACGAGAUUGCAUCAAUAGACUGUAAAGAUGAAUCCAACCGAAAGCAAUCUCUCACAAUAAUAUGCACAAAGAUACCCUCACUGUUGAGCACAUUGCAGAGGCAGACUCUGUGUUUAGUACUUAAGGAAAGAUAG